CAAGGAGAAGAUCAAAUGCUUCUAAUCUCUCCUUCACUCUACCCUACAGGUUUCUUGUACAAUCCAGUAGCAGCUCCUGCUGUAGGAGAGACGAAACCAAGACGAAGGAGAAAGAAGAACAAAGGAGGAGAAGCUUCAAGCAUGGGUUUUAAGAAAAGGAAGUUAAGUGCAGAGCAAGUUAAUCUUUUGGAGAUGAACUUUGGGAAUGAACAUAAGUUGGAGUCUGGAAGGAAGGAUCGUUUGGCUAUAGAGCUUGGACUAGACCCAAGACAAGUUGCUGUUUGGUUUCAAAACCGUAGGGCUCGUUGGAAGAACAAGCAACUUGAAGAGGAAUUCUCCAAACUCAAGUCUGCUCAUGAAACUGUCAUUGUUGAGAAAUGUUGCCUUGAAGCUGAGAUGUUGAAGCUCAAGGAUCAGUUGUCGGAGGCGAAGAAUGAGAUUCGGAGGUUAUCGGAGCGUUCCGACGGAGUAUCUAGUGGAAGCCCUAGUACUUCUUCUUUCUCCAUGGAUGCUGAUCCUCAGUUUUUUGGUGGAUUUGGAGUGAAUGAAUUCGAAAAUCUAUUUUAUGCACCUGAAAACAGUUAUGGUCAUGGGAUGGAGUGGGCCAAUUUGUAUUGAUAUGUGAUUAUAUUAUUUAUUUCUUCUUCUAAUCAAUGUAAAUAUCUGACCUUUUAGUGUGAAUCAUCAUCAUCUAGGUAGUUUAGUUCUCUAUGUUUAGUCUGAUAAUGUAAUUGUUACUACUAAUUAAUAUAAAUUUCAUCUUCCACUCUU